CGGUUCGAGAGCCGUCGCAACCAUCGCAAUGCCGCCCCGAAUACCUAUACGCUUCCCGUGGGCACCAAGAUCGGGUCCAUCUUCCAUCAAUGGACUCAAUGCCAGCCUGUGCAUCCGGACAUUCUCCUCGACCUCCCCCUCACUUGCUCUCGGCCCGGAGUCCCCCAACUACAUCGAGGUUCCGAAACCACUCCAGCCUACCUUCCCUCUGAAGCCGCCAGUAAAAGGUCAUCUGCCUGUUCCGCGCAAUGUCUUCAAGACGCGAUCGAAGCUGCCCAAGGAGUCUGACAAAUUCAUUGCCCUCACGACGAAGGAUCCGAAGAAGGUGAAGGUGCCCGGGCCAUACAGCCGCGAUGCGGACUACCGAUUAUACAAGCAACGGCUAGCGGAGGCGAGGAAACAAGCGUUUAGGGAGGGUGUAAAAGCACUGCAUGGACGAAAGACGACGACGGAAGCGCAGCAUUUGGCGAGAAUACAGAGGGUUGGUGCCGAGAGACGAGCGCUCGCAAUGGCGCCUCCAAGGACCGUCGAUGUCUUGACCCAGACAUCCGUCUCGAAAAGCAUCCGCGACUUCCUUGAUAACAAGCUUGCCUCGAGAUCGCGCGAAAACAUCACGCAAGGCCACCGACGGGCCUACGAGCGACGCAUGGCUAAGCAGGAUGCGGUGCGUCGGGCACGUGUACACGAUCUCUAUACCAACGCCAGAGAGUUCAUUGUGAACGAGGAGCAACUGGACGAGGCGAUCGAGAAGGCGUUUGGCACCGAAGAGGACCCUAUGCUCUGGACCGCCAAGGGAGAAAUGGUGCCAUUCAGUCGGGGCGACGCGAUGGGCUUGAGCCCUUGGGAAGGUCCUAUGCCAGAGGGUGUUGGUGAUAGGCUGCAGAAGCUUAAGGGAGGAGAAGGCGUUGGCUUGGCGAAGGAGAGGGUGAAGAAGGUAGCUGAGGCGCUUACGGGUGGCAAGAUGUAGAUUGACCUAUAGUAAGCCUACCUGUAGGAUUAGAAGGAACGUGUAUAGUAUCGGAACAAUUGUACAUUGGUUUGUAUCGAAGGCUUCGAACGCAUAUAUUGUUAUACGCUACACUAGGUAUUCUCCGAUUCGGUCGGGGACAUCGAAAGCUCCUGAGACGGCUCAUAAGUCGUAACCGCUUCAGGAAUUCCCUAUGUACAUAAGCUGUAUCGUUUAAUUGUCUCUCUAAACGUAGCAAUUCCUACACACUGUUGGGUUUGCAAAGCGAUGUUCUUGCUGCGUCCGA